UGUCAAAAAGGCUAGAAGGACUGUAUCCCCCAAUUUCACAUGAGCUUUCUAGCUUCAAACUGCUGAAAUGAAAGGAGCAAGGCUAUUUAUCCUGCUUUCUAGUUUAUGGAGUGGGGGCAUUGGGCUUAACAACACUACGCAUACUUGGACUAUAUCCGAGGAUGAGAACUCCCAGAAGAACAUGACCUCUGCUUCGGUUCCUCUAAGCAAAAUGCAAAGUCUCCAGGUGCUGCCAACCACCCAGAUCACAUCAGCGGAGACGGCCACAGCUCCCGAGGCAAGCACUUCUGAAGAGAGUCUUCUGAAAUCAACACUUCUUCCCUCAGAGACAAGUGCACCUCCUGAGGAUGUGAGAAACCAAAUUCGCAUACCCACAGAGAAGACAGAAGAAGUGGUGCUGAAGUUACAAACCCUUGCCCUCCCAACCAAAUCUAGCAUCAAGUUCAGUCCCAAAGCAGAGUCAGUGGUCCUUUCCAAUUCCACCCUGAAAUUUCUUCACAGCUUUGCCAGAAAGUCGAAUGAACAAGCCAUUUCUCUAAACUCAGAUAGAGGCAUGGGAAAUCGAUCCCCACGGGAAACGUACCUCAGCAGAGGUGACAGCCCUCGAAGCCAAAGGACCAGCUACCAAAAAUCAAGUUUUGAAACAACUAGAGGAAAGAACUGGUGUGCUUAUGUACAUACCAGAUUGUCUCCAACAGCGAUACUGGACAACCAAGUCACUUAUGUUCCAAGUGGCAGAGGGCCCUGUGGCUGGACCAGUGGAUCCUGUCCUCAGAGAUCCCAGAAGAUACAAAAUCCUGUGUACAAGAUGCAACAUAAAAUUGUUACCUCAUUAGAAUGGAAGUGCUGUCCUGGAUUCAGUGGACCAAAAUGUCAGCUAAAAGCCCAGGAACAACAGCAGCUGAUACACAGCAACCAGGCUGAGAGUCACGCCGCAGUGGGCCGAGGGACACCCGAGCAGCAGCAGCAAGACUGUGGUGACCCAGCAGUGACACAAAAAAUGACUGACCAGAUGAACUACCAGGCAAUGAAACUGACCCUCCUGCAGAAGAAGAUUGACAAUAUUUCCUUGGCUGUGAGUGAUGUAAGGAACACAUACUCCUCACUAGAAGUGAAAAUCAAUGAAGACAAAGGCAGGGAAUUUCAAUCUUUUCUAAAAGGUCUAAAAUCCAAAAGCAUUAAUGAUCUGGUAAAAGAUAUAGUAAGAGAACAAUUUAAAAUUUUUCAAAAUGAAAUGCAAGAGACCAUAGCACAGCUCUUCAAGACUGUAUCAACUCUCUCAGAGGAACUUGAAAACACCAGACAAAUAAUUCGACAAGUUAAUGAAUCCAUGGUUUUAGCAGCAGUCCAGCAAAAGUCUGUUUUAAUGCAAGAAAAUAGGCCCACUUCGACUGAUAUACUGGAUCUAAAAAAUCGCAUUGUAAAUGUAAAACAAGAAAUGACUCUUACAUGUGAAAAGCCUAUUAAAGAACUAGAAGCAAAGCAGACUCAUUUAGAAGGUGCUUUAGAACAGGAGCGCUCAAGGAGCAUUCUGUAUUAUGAAUCCCUCAACAAGACCCUUUCUAAAAUGAAGGAAGUACAAGAGCAUCUUUUAUCAACUGAACAAGUAUCAAAUCAGAAGAGUGUUCCAGCUGCUGAAUCAGUUAGCAAUAAUGUCACUGAAUACAUGUCUACUCUACAUGGGACUAUAAAGAAGCAGGGUUUGAUGCUGCUGCAGAUGUUUGAUGAUUUGCACACCCAAGAGAGCAAGAUUAACAAUCUCACCCUUGCUUUGGAGAUGGAGAAAGAAUCUGUCAAAGAGGAAUGUGAAGACAUGUUAUCCAAGUGCAGAGAUGAUUUUAAAUUUCAAAUUAAGGACACAGAAGAAAAUUUACAAGUUUUAAACCAAACAUUGGUUGAGGUUCUCUUUCCAAUGGACAAUAAAAUGGAUAAAAUGAAUGAGCAACUAAAUGAUUUGACUUACGAUAUGGAGAUUCUUCAACCCUUGCUUGAGCAGGGAACAUCCUUUAAAGAGACAAUGACAUACGAGCAACCAAAAGAAGCAGUAGCUACAAAGAAAAAAGUGGAAAAUCUGAUUGUUGCUGUUAACAGUCUAAAUUUUCUCAUCAAAGAAGUUACGAAAAGACACAACUUACUUAGAAACGAAGUGCAGAGUCGUGCGGAUGCCUUAGACAGACGUAUCAAUGAACGUGCCUUAGAAAUGGAAGAUGGUCUAAAUAAGACAAUAACUGUUAUAAAUAAUGCUAUUGACUUCAUUCAAGAUAACUACAUGCUAAAAGAGACUUUCAAUACAAUAAAGUAUAAUCCUGAGGUACAUCACAAAUGUAUCCAAAAUAUGGAAACUAUUUUGACAUUCAUUUCUCAGUUCCAACAAUUGAAUGAUUCUAUUCAGAUUUUGGUCAAUGAUAAUCAGAGAUAUAACUUUGUUCUGCAAGUUGCCAAGGCCCUUGCAUAUAUUCCUAAAGAUGAAAAACUAAGUCUGUCCAACCUCCAAAAGAUUUCUCAAAUGUUCAAUGAAACCAGUUUCCAAGUGAUAAAAUACCAGCAAAAUAUGAGUCAUUUGGAGGAAAAACUACUCUCAGCCACAAAACUUUCCAAAGAUUUUGAAACUCGGUUGCAAGGCAUUGAGUCUAAAGUGACCAAGACGCUCAUACCUUACUAUGUUUCACUAAAAAAAGGCAGUAUGGCUACAAAUGAGAGAGACCAGGCUCUACAACUGCAGGUAUUAAAUUCCAGAUUUAAAUCACUGGAAGCAAAAUCGAUUCAUCUUUCCAUUAAUUUCUCUUUACUUAACAAGACUCUCUAUGAAGCUUUAACAAUAUGUCAUGAUGCUUCUACAAGUAUAUCAGAAAUGAAUGCUACCAUACCCAAGAGGAUAAAAGGUUCCCUACCAGAUAUUCAGCUUCUUCAGAAAGGUCUGACAGAAUUUGUGGAAUCAGUAAUUGAAAUAAAAACUCAAAUUGCUUUAUCUAAUUUAACUCGGUAUAUAAAUCAAUCAUUGUCUGGUAGUCUUGCAAAUGUUGUCAAGUCACAGAAGCAAAUAAAACCAUUGCUGAAGAAACCCAAUACACUUAAGAAAUCAGCAGUGAAUCUGACCACUGUCCUGAUAGGUCGGACUCAGAGAAACACAGACAACAUUCUACUUCCUGAGGAGUAUUCAGACUGUAGUAGAUCCCCAUGCCAGAACGGGGGCACAUGUAUAAAUGGAAGAACUAGCUUUAUCUGUGCUUGCCGACAUCCUUUUACUGGUGACAACUGCACUGUCAAGGUGGUGGAAGAAAAUGCUUUAGCUCCAGAUUUUUCAAAAGGAUCUUACAGAUAUGCACCGAUGGUGGCAUUUUUUGCAUCUCAUACUUAUGGGAUGACUACACCUGGUCCUAUCUUAUUUAACAACUUGGAUGUCAACUAUGGAGCCUCAUAUACUCCAAGAAGUGGAAAAUUCAGAAUCCCCUAUCUUGGGGUGUAUGUAUUUAAGUAUACCAUUGAGUCAUUUAGUGCUCAUAUCUCUGGAUUUUUAGUGGUUGAUGGAGUAGACAAGCUUGCAUUUGAGUCUGAAAAUAUUAACAGUGAGGUACACUGUGAUAGGGUUUUGACUGGGGAUGCCUUAUUAGAAUUAAAUUAUGGGCAGGAAGUGUGGUUGCGCCUUGUAAAAGGAACAAUUCCAGCCAAAUUUCCUCCUGCUACUACAUUUAGUGGUUACUUAUUAUACCGUACAUAAAUUAGCAUGAAAGACAGACUGUCACCUUUACUGAGAAGCAGCUAGUGUUUUACUUAUCUUUGCAUGCACAUCUGAUCUGUUUUUGGUUUUUCCACAUGAAUGAAAACUAGCUUCUUUUUAAAAUCUGAGUAAGGCUGUAAGUUUAUUUCAUAAAAAUUAUUUGAAUCUCUUUUGGACAACCUGUAUAUGAAGGAUUUCUUGCUCCUAAAGAGAUUUGAUGGCAUAGAAAACAAAGUGUAUUUGUUAGCAUAAACAUUCCUAUUUUUAUUUUUUCAUGUUAAGGCAUCUCAAUGUAGAGGAAUAUAUAAAAUGACAAUCACUCAAUAUCGCCAAUCACAGUAGUUUUUCCACUAGAACAUUUAACUUUUGCUA